AUGUCUGGGCCGCAAAGUGGAGAAACUCAUCGCCCUUCCCCCAAUAAUAACAAUAAUAAUAAUAAGGAUAAGGAACCUCCCUCCAGUGUAAGUGUAGCCACCCUUGGGUGGUGUUCUGCAAGUGGUGGGGCCAGUGCACUGCUCCUGCAACACUUAUCUGCCACCCUUCCUCACACAAUUUUCAUUGCUAAUCUUGCCUUUGCUAUUGCCAACCCACCAAGCCCCAGCAAGUACAUCAAAGCACAGUGGGUUAGUAGCGUGUGCAAAGUUCUACGAUUGUCACGUGUACAGGAAAUUACGUUAAGUUUAACCUUACUUCAAGCAACAAGUGUAGAAGUUCGUAAUCAAGCGAUAGCUCUUCUUAAAGCCAAACUACCAGAUCUUGUUCGUGCAUACGUUGAUACAGAAUCAGGGGACCGAGAGCUCUUGGAACUUCCAACUGAAGCUCUUCACCAGCUACUUGCACAGAUCGUCCAGUUGUGGAGAGAUCCACCUGCUGCUCUCUUGCCUCAGGAAUCCAGGCAAGCGUUCAUCUGUGCUUUACAGCGAGAAUUCCCUCGCUCUCGUGUUCCUGUUGUUCUUGCUCCCCUCCUCUACCCUGAUUCAGACGUCCUGAUGGAGAAGAUCACACAAGAGCCCCCAGCCAAUAUGGCUAAGAACCUGCUUGAUGGUUACAGCUGA